AUGAGUUCGAAUUCGCUGUUAACGCAGGCCUCUGAGCCUCCAAAAUAUGCCAAUACUUACAGACUGGAACCGAAUAAUCAUUUUAAUUCAGAAAAAGUUGAAAAUAUUUUAAAGGAAAUUAUGUUGGAAGCUUUGGAAAAUUUAAGUUAUGAUCCGGAACAGUGUGCCAAACAAGCUAAAUGGGCUUCAUUGAUGAUAAAAUCCAAAGUUAAAGAACUACAGUUUGACAGAGUAUUUUAA